CUCACCUCUUCACCAACCAACAAGUCUCAUUUCCAAACUUUCUCGCCAUUGCUUGUAGCGUCUCUUUCCAACAAUGAUGUCUAUCAAGGUUGCCGUUCUUCUGGCGACUGCGUUCGCCCUUAUUCUCAACCUCGUUUCAGGACAAGGCCUGCGCCCUGGCAGUCGAGGCCGAGAUGUUGAGUUACAAUUGCAAGUUGUCAACCCUGGUAGUGCCGAGGAAGAUGAAAUGACCUCAAGACGCUGCAGCUCUGAAUUCCGCACCGCCGACGGUUCCUGCACUAACACAGUUUUCAGGACGUGGGGCGCAGCAGGUCGUGCUCAGACAUCUCUCCAGCGCUUCCUAAACUCCGCUAAUCCCAAUGGGUUGGACCUGCCAUCCGCCCGUGACGUUUCGAACAUGCUCUGCCAGCAGUCUGAUGACAAGUUCAACGACCGUGGACUCAAUGAAAUGGCCACCUUCUUCGGUCAAUUUCUAGACCAUACUUUCAUGCUCACCCCGCCAGGCAGUGAAUCCAUGCCGAUUCCGAUCCCCCGCGAGGACCCGAUCUUCGCCAAUUUUUCUGGUGGUCAACUUCAAUUCUCCCGGUCUGUCCGCGGCAUCGUGGAUACGCAGGGUCUUCUCCAAGGUACUGGUGGCGGGUCAGCUGCAGGAGGCUCCCGUCCGCCUCCGGGCGUUGAUAUCGAGAGACCUAUCAAUGCGCACUCGAGUGUUCUUGACCUUGCCGCUGUGUAUGGUUCCAACCAGAUUCGUCAGGAUGUUCUUCGCGAGCCCGGAAGCUGCAAGCUAAGGACUGGUCCAGGUGACAUUCUCCCCGUCAACUUCAUGGACUUGUCUAAUGUGCCCCUCCCCAGCGACCAAUUUUUCGUUGCUGGUGAUGUCCGCCCCGCUGAGAAUCCUGUUCUCACGGCCCUGCACGUUGUUUUCCUUCGCGAGCACAACGAUUUAUGCGACGAACUUGAGGCGGCAUUCCCGGAUAUGGGUCAGGACGAGCUAUUCCAAAACGCCCGUAAGAUUAAUGGGGCGCAGUUCCAAAAGAUUGUGCUUGAGGAGUACUAUCCCGCGAUAGUCGGCAAGGACCUUCCCCGCUUCCGACGUGUGAGUAUUACGACGCGACCUGAUGUUCUGGACGUGUUCAGCACGGCGGCGUUCCGCGUGGGCCAUACCAUGGUUGGAAACGUGAUAGCGCGGAGGGGACCUGGUAACUCGGUGCUUCCAUCGAUCCCUAUGACAGACACGUUCUUCCGCGUGGCCUCCAGAUUUGAGGGAGCCGAAGAGUUCAUUCGAGGGGCGACGCAGAUUAAGGCACAGGAAAUUGACCUGAUGGUUAACAACAACCUGCGCAACUUCCUUUUCACAAACGUGCCUGCGAUCAACUUUGGAUUUGACCUGAUCGCGUUCAACCUUCAGCGGUCACGCGACCACGCCCUUCCAAGUUUCACUGAGAUCCAAGAGCUGAUGGGGAUGCGCAAGGCGACGAGCUUUGCGGACAUCUCGAGCGUAGCGAACGUGCAGAGCGGUCUGCAGAACGUGUACGGGACGGUAGACCGCGUGGAGGCGUGGAUCGGCCUAGUGGCCGAGGACCACGAGUCCGGAAGCUCGAUGGGGCCGACGAUGAACGCUAUCUGGGAGAGGCAGUUCAGCGUGCUCAGGGAUGGUGACCGGUUCUUCUUCCGCAACCGGAACGUGUUCUCGAGCCAGAUGCGCAGCGCGAUCCCGCGGGUGAACGCGCUGUUCACUGAGUCGGAGAUCUUCCGCUCGCUGAUCCUGAGAAACACGAACAUUGCCUCGUCCGAGUUGCCGAACAGAAUCUUCUUCUAAAAGACGGCGUAGAUGUAUUGUUAAGAUAUUAAUAUAUCGUCAUAAGUACACUUUACUUGGGUUAUGGGCUGGGCUGGCUGGAAGUAAAGAUAGACAACGAUGUCGGGUGGCAAGGCUGCCUUCCUUUUUUAUUC